GUGUCACUGUCAAAUUGUUUGAUGUUGCAUUUCAUUGCGAUUUAUCUUUACGUGUGAAAAUUCAUAAGUUUUGUUAUCCUUCACAAUAUGUAGUGGUACUGAGUUCAAAAAAUAAGAGAUAAAAUACUUUAGAAUGUCUCUCGAACAGACAGCGUGCGAUGAUCUGAAAGCGUUCGAACGACGACUGACUGAAGUGAUAGCAUGUUUGCAACCGGCUACGACUAGGUGGCGAAUUUUGCUGGCAGUGGUGUCCGUGUGCACAGCAAUCGCGGCAUGGCACUGGCUGACAGACCCGUUGACUCCUGUUGUCUCUCUAACUCAGUCCUUGUGGAACCACCCUUUCUUUGCUUUUACUUCUACAUUUUUAGUCCUUCUGUUCAUGAUGGGUGUACACCGCAAAGUGAUCGCUCCAAGCAUCGUGACCGCGCGCACCCGUGCCGUUCUCAACGACUUCAACAUGUCCUGUGAUGACAGCGGGAAACUCAUCCUGAAACCUCGCCCCGCCAACACUUAAUGUAAAUAUUACUUAAGAAUAAAUUAAAUUACUUUGUAAAUUA